UCCAUCUCCGUAGUCCAUCAAUCAUGUCUGCUGCUUGGUUAGAGCAGAGGAGUGUGUACUAUCUCGUCUCUUCGGCAGCGGUGGCACUGAUGCUCUCGGCGUCCUGGCAAUGGCUCCCGGGAGCCCCGAGCCAGCCCGCCCGCAUGCGCCUGUUCAUGCACGACGUGCUCACCGGCCCGGGCGCCACGGCGGUGGGGAUCGUGAACGGCACGGGGCCGGUGGUUCUCGGGGGUGAGCCGCCGUUGCGGUUCGGGCAUGUGGUCAUGAUCGACGACGCUCUAACGGAGGGGGCAAGCCCGCUGUCGAGGCCCCUGGGGAGCGCUCAGGGGUUCUACGCCUUCGCGUCCAUGCACGGCCCUGCAGUGCUCUUAUGUAUGAACGUGGUGCUCACGGCGGGUCCCUACUCCGGCAGCACCUUCACCGUCAUCGGCCGCGACAACAUCGUGGAGCCGCUACGGGAGCUUUCGGUCGUCGGCGGUACUGGGAGGUUCAGGAUGGCGACGGGGUACGUGCUCUGGAGAACCUCGAGCUGGGAGCUAAAGAAGAACGCCGUCCUCGAGUUAGACGUGUUUGUCUACAUCCACGCCCAUGCAUGACCACGCCCUCUAUUGGCUUUGGCCGAUUGGUCUCAGUCUUUUAACUGAACGAAGAUGUUAAAUGAAGCGAGGACUCCAGCGAGCCCGCAUUUCAAAAUAAUAGAUUGGACUACGUUGUGCUGGCCGUUUGAUUUGGCAUGCAGAAGAAAAACUUUCUUAGGGCAUAAUAUCAAAAUCGGCC